AUGGAACAUCCAGCAUAUACAUUGAGUUUUUUGACUACAGCUGGUGGCCUUAUGGGAUACUACCGUAAAGGCUCCAUUCCCUCUUUAGUAUCUGGCUUGGUAUUCGGUAGUGUAUAUGGGAUUGCCGGUUACUUGCUGCAUAUGAACAGAGACGGUGGACUCGAAAUGGCAUUGGGUGCAUCAACCUUGCUACUCGGUGCAGGGGUCAUUAGAGGUAUGCCCUCCAGGUUCACUAAACCUGUCCCUGUCGUUUUGACGGCCUUGGGUGGGCUUGGCAGUUACUACUACUAUAACAAAUACAAGGAAUUUUACCCUUAG